AGUCGCGGUAAAUGUUUUAUCUUGUUUAGUGUGUAAUCGUUAUUAAUAGAAUGGUGAAAAAUAUUAAAAAAAGCCAUUCGCCUCAUGCGGUCCCCGGGGUAUUAGUGACAGAAAUUGAGCAAUCAUAUACGUCCAGAGAACCGUCGCGCGAUCUCCAUUCGCGCUCGGUUUCAAUAUCACGAUUAAAAUUAAAUGAUCCUCUACGAAAAGAAAUGAUGCUCAUUCGCGAAAAAUCGCCAUUCGAAAUAGGUCAAAACCGCAAUGUUCAACUUGCAUCAUCCAAGGCUAUUAUUGACAAAGCUUUAAUAAUGGAUGUUUCUGGAGGGGUGUCUAUGGUCGAUGAAUAUGUAUCGCUUUUUUUUUCUUCAGGAUGCGUGAUCGAUGAGGCAGCAUGCAAAGAUAUAUCUGUUGAUCAGAAUAUCGAAAUCGUUGUUUUGGAUCAAGAAGACAUUGAAACUGACGUAAAAUCUACUAGAACAAACAUUAUGGAAGAUUUGAAUACGAUCAUACAGUCUAAUAAUGAAUUAGAUAUGUCAACUAAAGACCAGCCGGAAGCUGAAAUCAGCAACAACGCUGUAAAAAUGACUGAAGAAGUUGACAUUCACGAAUGUUUAUCUUCUAAUGUUGACAUAAAUUUUAACAUCACUGGAGAACAAGAACAAGAAAGUAGUUUUUCUGAAGUAAUUGUGUUAGAAAAAGUAGAAGCGGAAGCAGUUGAUCAUAUUGAAAAAAACAAUGAUUGUAUGCAAUCAAACAAUAUAGAUGAUACCAAUGAAGACAUAGGAUACGGAAUAAAAAAUAGUGAAGGAAUAUAUUCAACAGAAGAAGAUUUCAGUACUGAAUCGUCAUCUGAUGAAUCAAGCGAACAAUUGGUUGAUCCAUCUCUUUGGAAGGCGUAUGAUUCUGAUGACGAAGAUGCAACAGCAUGGUUUUACAAAAAACCUGAUGAAGUCAUGCAAGCUUUAAGUGAAAAAGAAAAAGAUGAGCAAUUUAGAAAAGAUCGAUUAGCGAAACGGUGUCCUGUUUUUUUAACAAACUUGACUGAUCGUUCUGCACCAAUAGGUUCCGAAGUAAAAUUACAGAGUUCAAUUUCAGGUGUAGAAACUGCUGUGAGGUGGCUCAAAGAUGAUCAGCCUGUUGAAAGAUCAUCCAAAUUGCAAACAUUAGCGUUUGAUGGUUUGUAUUCUUUAAUAUUAAAGGAUGUACAAAAGUCCGAUUCUGGAGUUUAUACAAUCAUCGCAAAAAAUCGAGGUGGUGAAGUGUGUUCCUCAGCAAAGGUGCAUAUAUUUGAUAUUAUUAAACAAGAUGUUGACGUUCCAACCAUAAUAAAAAUUAGAGAUUAUUAUCAUCAUGCAUUAAAUGAUUUGAUAAUAGAGUGUCAAAUCUUGUUUAGUCCUGAAUGGAAAAUACCAGAUGUAAUGUGGUUGAAAGAAGAGAACCCUGUUAUUUUAAAUAAAAGAAUACGAGCAUCUUAUGAAGGAAACGAAAUAUUUCAAUUAAAUAUAUACAAUCCAACACCCGAUGACAGCGGCGUUUACACAUGCAUUGUGAAAAAUAUUGCUGGUGAACGCAGAAUUAUGCAUGAAGUAGAGUUUACUGGCAAAGCGCAUUAUUUGCACCUACCUGGAAUGCACCAUGCAGAUAGAAAACACUUCACGGAAGACGAAUCGCAAGAAAAAGACAAAAAAAAUAAAUUACCUGAUCAAGCGUCGAACCGCAUACGAGCACAACAAGCAACCGAGCCAUACAAACAGGAAUCAUAUAUAAUUCGUGAUUCGAAGAACAAACUUACUUGGGCUGGCCAGUUGAACAAUAUCACAAUUGAAAAAGGACGAACUGUCAAGAUGAUUUGUUCUGUUAAUGGUGAGCGACCCAUUUUGAAGUGGCAAAAAAAUUACAAACCAAUAGACUAUGGAGAAAGAAUAAAACUAUUAAACGAUGGUGUUGUAGCGCAAAUCUUGAUCAAAGAUGUAGGUGUGGCGGAUGCAGGAGAAUACAUUUGUACUGCCAAAAAUAAUUUUAAUGAAAUAACUACAACUUGUAUCCUCAAAGUCAUUGAGCUUGCUACAACUGAAACGUCUCCUCCUACUUUCACAAAGGCCAUUAAAGGACUUAUCAUUCGUUGGGAUUUAAACCUACUUGUCAAAAAGGGGAAGCAGACUUGGUAUUCUCCUCCGGGAGACCGAAGAGCAAGGUGUAUUUUACAUUUGCACUACGCGGGAAUCAAAGGACUCCGCCGCGCGCGCGAUUCAUCUACACUACACCUGACAAGCAACUGCCUACUCAUAUGCAUCUUGCACGGGAAAAACGAAUCGUUUACACUUCAGCAAAAGAGAAAGCCGAAGUUUUACACCUAAAACCGAAGUUUUGCUCCGCAAAGCCGAACGAUGGCACGCGGCGUCCGUCAUAUAAUUGCCAUGGCUAGUGUGACUGAUUUUCAAAGCCAAGGUAAUUUUUCCCACCAUUCAAAUGAAUAUUUCAAGGCAGUAAUGCCUGACGAGACGAGCCGGCAGUAGCAAAAUGACUCCGGAGAUU